GAUUUGCAGAUUGAAAAAUGUCGUUUGCGUGGCUGCCAUAACAAAGCAUCUACGCCGAAGUUGGCCAACCUCAGAGUCAAUGGGAGACUAAAUGGCGAAGAAUUGGAAGAAACGAAUCUGGUAGCUAAGGUUGGCCAUUACAGAGGCAAGAGGGUCGUCACUGCUACUGUCGAUGACAUUCUCAAGCAACAAGCAGGCUGGUUCCCAUAUCUGACAUUCCUGAUGCCUCCUGUCCAAUGGAACACCGCCUAUGAAGAAGGGUCGGCUGACAAUGGCUACUCGCUGACUAACGGCAACUUCGAUCAGGAGUCUCGCUAUCAGUUCGCCACUGGUCAUGAACUAGUAAUUGACGCAAAAGGUAGAGGAAUAGAUCCAGACAAUGGAACUUUGCAGGUGGAUAUUGAAGUGAUAGGAAAUAUCCCGAUGGCUCAGCCGAAGGCCUCUGUUGUAAUAGAACCUUUCACAGAGGAUUUUGUCCAAACUGGCCCCAACAGAUUAUUCUCUUCGUCUGAAUCUACUGUGGAUGUUGAUGGUAAACAGAUACCUUUCUUCUGGAACAAGACUGUAUCUUAUGACACCGAGCUGGGAACUAUGCCUUACCCUGUUGAAAGAUUGGCUACAGAUGAGAUCCUCUCUGACUACGAUGCUGAUUCCCAGCGCCUGUUCUAUUCAGCGGCCAACUCCAUUUCAUCGCCUUAUGGGCGUGACAAGUGUCCAAAGGGAUUCAAGCUGGAUCAGAGAUACCAACAUUGUCGAGACAUAGACGAGUGCAAAAGUAAAAGAACCAAUGAUUGUCAUCAUUCGCAGACAUGUGAAAAUCUUUUCGGAACCUACAGAUGUAUUUGUGCUGAAGGAUUUAAACUAACAGCGAAUGGAAAAAGGUGUCAAGAUAUAAACGAAUGUGAAGAAGGCCUACACGAAUGCUCUCAUACUUGCAUCAAUACAAUUGGUGGAUACAGAUGUGCAUGCCCUCUCGGAAUGAUUCUUCACCAAGAUACUCUCACGUGUAAAGAGGACAGUUAUAACUACGAUUCAGAUUUCGCCAGUGAUUGGGGAAAUGAUGAUUCCUAUAAUACUCAACACAAUCGCCGUAAUUUGAACUAUGAUGAGUAUGACAGUUUGCUGGCCCUGAAUCAAGUGAGAGAAGAAUGGCUCUGUCCACCGGGACAAAUACGAGAGGAUAAUCGGUGUAUUGAAGAAAAAGGAAAAGGCGGCAAAGAGCAUUGCAGUUUGGAAAAGUGUGGUGAGCAUGAAACUUGUCUGCCAACAGUGAGUGGGUAUCGUUGUGUGGAGACUCGUUGUCCUUUGCUCUAUCAACACGAUAUUCAAACCAGGAAAUGCUUUGCAGUCUGCACUGAGAGUCGAUGUGAAAAAGGCGCCAAGGAGUGGGAGGAAAUAACAUUUGUACCUCUGCCACUUGAAUCGGCGUCCGUUCAACAGUAUCAAGAUCUUCUAGAACUUUCCACUGAGGACGAAUCCUCCAAUAUGAUCUAUACUGUAGCUGAAAACGAAUUCAACCUGCCAUUACGAGUUCGUAUUGAGAAUAAUGCUGGAAUUCUAUAUUCGAUGAGAUAUUUCGACUUUGAAGGAGUGAACAAGGUUGUUAUUCAAGCGACUACUUAUGAAGAUCACACAUCAACAGCUCUGAGUAUUUAUACGUUUGUAGUCUUCGUCUAUGAUCCAUCUUCAAUAUGAUAAGUCUAUUUAAUAAUACAGAAUAAUAUACUUGUAUUACUUAGGUGUAGAUAAGUUUGUAGCGAAGUUUUUAUAGACGUUCAUGAGACAAUCGUUUUUUAAUAAUAUACAUGCCUGUAAGAUACCGUAUUGUAAAAUGUUGUUCUUUAUUUAAAUAUAGAGAAUUUCUAUGGAAUAAAAUGUUAUUUAUGACUCA